AUGUUUUGGAUUCCAACCCUAAUGCUUGACAAAUCCGAGAAGGAAAAGCAUGCCAUGUACGUCCAAGAUCUUUACGCUAUCCUCCACGCACUCUGGGUCGACGACACCAAACCCCUCCAUGGCUAUAUCCGAGUUCAAAUUUCGCUUCUUCUCCUCCUAAGCGCUGCUACAGCCACGAGACCAGGAGCUAUUGUCGAAAGCUCAAGUGCAAAGGGUAGCAACAAGUCACUCUCGUUCAGGAAUAUCGAACUUCUGAAGGUUCGCAGCACUGUAGAUCCCAGCCGGAGUACUAUUGUGGUAAAUGUCAAUCUCGAGAACAUCAAGAAUAAGGAAAAGGAUGGGAAGCCUGUUCAGGAUGUGUUCGACCUCAACAUACCUGUGGGCCGUGAUGUACUCCGCAUCAAGUGGAAAAAGGAGUUGCUCAACCAACCGUUCCUGUGCGACGUUAGGAAUACAAGUGAGGGUGUUCGCAUACUGAAAGACAAGGCGUUUCCCUAUGCGAAAUACCGCGACAUCUUUGUACGCUUGGGGCGUGUUGCGGGCUUUGAGAAAUCAUUGGAGCUGUACCAGCUGCGACGGGCUUCCGGGAGGAAUAUCAACAGUGAGUUUGCGUUGGACCCCGAUCUACUAGGCGCUCUUGACCCAGUAGAACGGAACCAGACUAUGGGCCAUCUCGGGAGCACAUACGAAAAGUACUACACGCCAACGCACAUUGCCCGUGACUUUCAGUCUAUCUACUUUGGAAGCCCUUCAGAAGACCUUCUCAUCCAAUCUGUUGCACGCAUGGGCUUGUCACGGGAUCGACGUGCACCUACGGAACUGGAUGACGCGCAACAGGAGGCAUUACGGAACGAUCCUGCACUCGCGGUCCUUCAUAAGGAGCGAGAAACGUACAAAAGACAGCUUCAUGACCAAGGCUUCUAUCCACUCUCGAAGGGUCACGGGACGGAUCUUUACAAGAAAUACGAGGACACGAAGCGAAAGAUUGGCAGUACGUAUCAGAUGUUGUACAGAGGACGAUUAGAAUUGGCCAUCCGUGAGUUCCAUGACUCGAUCGAUACAAUCGAGAUAGCCAGGCAACUCAGUGGGAAAGCCGCAGCCGAAGUCCUGACGCUUCCAGCCUUUGAGUUUGAACUUCGGGAGCGAGCCACCAUCGCCGGCAUGCUCUUCAAGCCAAUUCAGGACGACAGAGCCCGGGUAAGAUUUGUGCGAACCUUGGCUAGAUUAUGUCACAAACAAGAGACGCGGCAGCUGAAGGCAUUCAAGCGAAAAAACGUGGGUUUGGCCGCAUAUGAAGCCAAGGGCUCGUCUUUCUCGAACAAUAGAAACAAGGGCACCAAUGGUGUUGAGAAGAGCCCGAUUAACCAGGAUGGCGAGAUUGCGGAAGACGAGCUUGACGUACCAAAACGCAGAAAAGUCUUGGAGGUACAGCCUGUGACGCUCUACCCAACCGUACUUCCUUAUCCGGUGUGUCUUAUCUGCAUAGGGAAUGAAGAGUUCUCAUACGAACGGAGGAUGCGCCAUAUUCCACGGAAGGACGUCCUGAAGAAGCACGUGGAAACCCAUUUCCGACUCCCUGAACUUCAGUCAGGGUUUGCAUGCCGCCAUCCUAGUUGCUCUGACAUGCUGGUUGACUUAAUGCAUUUCAAGAGGCAUGCGCUUGACACUCACGGUGUGUCUCACUGA